CGCACUCAAUGAUAUGUCACUCGCAUGGUCACAGGUGUAGGUUUCGCAUUGUUGGUGUCGUCAUAUCAAAAAGAAAAAUGUAUAAUGUUUCAUGUUCCUGUCUUCACUUCACGUUCACCAAAUAGUUAUUUUGUCAACAUGUGAAAUUACUAAAUUAUAUUUUUGUGUUUCCUAUGAUGUUUCUUUUUGUUGUGAUAAAUUAAAAAAAAAAAUACACAAUGUUUACUUUUGUCUGGCUCCGUAUUGUUGUAGUCUUAACCUUGACCAUAUGCUACGCUACUCGUACAAAUCAAGAUUUUGCUGAUGUAAAUUUACCAACUAAUCAUCUUGUGCGCUACUUCAACACAUUCCCUUACCUUAGAGAUAAGUGUCUUGAUUCUCAAAACUGCCCUUACUAUGAUAUAUUGAAAAAUGAUUCAGCUAAAAGUGUAUGUUGGGGAUAUGAAACGUCUUGCAAGCCACCGAACAACUUUCAAACGCCUCAAUGCCUUGGAGAUCACACCGGAUGGGUUCAGAAUAAAGAGGCUCAGUUGGACACUUUCUUUUACCAGGCAGAUUUUGGCUACAUCAGGCAGCAAAUCGAUGAAAUGUCAGUGAUGUGUGAACCAACUUAUCGAGAGGAUUCAUCACUCGAAUGCACGAAAUAUUUACGUUUCUGUCGUGGUAGAAACUUAAUGAUUAACUUUACAGAUUUGUCAAAACGUCACGACCUUAUUAGAUAUAACAUGAAUGUGCUCAGUCAAGGCCAAAUAGGUGGCCAUUGCCGGUUACAUCGCAAACGUCUGAUGAACGAGAUGGAACACAUGGGUGCAUUACAAUCUUGGGCACCCGAGCUCAGAUACUUUGAAGAAAAAGAUUUUCGACCCAUAACCGGUAAUGGUAAAUGUGAUAUUGUGGUAGAAAAGCCUACAUACAUUAUGAAAAUCGAUGCAAAUUAUAAUAUGUACCACCACUUCUGUGAUUUCAUCAACCUGUACGCCUCAUUAUUUGUAAAUCAAAGCCAUCCGUUGGCAUUCGACACAGAUACCCAAGUUCUGAUAUGGGAAUCGUAUCCAUAUGAGUCACCUUUUGCUGAAACUCUUAAAGCAUUUACUAAAAAUCCAAUAUGGAAUUUAGACAAUGUUCGUGGCAAAGUUGUUUGCUUUAAAAAUCUUGUUCUUCCAUUGUUGCCAAGAAUGAUAUUUGGACUUUAUUAUAAUACGCCCAUUAUCAAUGGGUGCGAAAAGAGUGGAUUGUUUCGAGCCUUUUCGGAGUUUAUAACUCAUCGCCUUCAGAUUCCAAUGCAUGAAAAAAUUAAUUCGAAAAUACGAAUAACAUUUUUGUCUCGCAAGACCAAAUAUCGGCAAGCACUUAAUGAGGAUGAAUUGAUUGCAGAAAUAAGCGGAAAUAGAGACUAUUUUGUGAGGCGAAUAUCUUUCGAGCGAGGAAUGUCGUUCUCGGACCAAUUACAAAUAAUUCGAAAUACUGAUAUUCUUAUUGGUAUGCAUGGAGCUGGGUUAACACAUCUUCUCUUUCUUCCUAAUUGGGCUACAAUUUUUGAGCUAUACAACUGCGAAGAUCCAAAUUGUUACAAGGAUUUGGCACGUUUGCGUGGUGUCAGCUAUAUAACAUGGAAAGACAAAUCGAAACUCCAAACGAAAGAUGAAGGAAGUCAACAGAAGGGUGGAGCUCAUGCUAAAUUUGUCAAUUAUGAAUUCGAUCCAAAGGAAUUCGCUAGCUUAGUUGCAAAUGGAGCACAACUAGUUCGCGAUCAUGAUGAAUUCAAAGUUCAUUUAAAACCUAGUAGUCAACGUGAUGAAUUGUGAGGGCCAUUAAUGCAAUGAACUGUACUUAAAAUCAUUAUUUACUUAAUUUUUAAAUGGGAUCCGAUUUUUGGAACCCUUAAAAGAUACUCAAAUAAUAAAUAAGAAUGAAUCUGUGAGCACAAGGCAAUUAAUAAAUUUUUUUUUUGUUAUUAGUUGAAACACAACACAAAUUUUAGAUAUUUUUAAUUUUAAUUAAUUAAUCUUAUAUGUAAUAAUUAUUCUUUGAAAUACAAACGAUUAUAAAUAAAUUCAUCAAUUAAGUCGAGAAAAUCAA